AUGAGGGUACAGUGGGAGUUAGCUGAUGUUUUUGGGGUCUCUGCAACCCUGAAAGGACUGACAAGGAACUUUCCCACAGCUCGUAAAACAGAAGAAACAGCAAACCACCAAAGCAGUCAGUUCACAGCUACAUGUGGUGUUUACAAGCCAGAUCCUGAACAGAGUGGUCUGCCUUCCCAGAAUGAGAUUUUAGAGAAGACAACUACAAUCUAUGAAGAGGACAAGCGUACUUUGCAACAGGAACUCGAGACUCAGAACCAGAAACUUCAGCGGCAGUUUUCUGACAAGCGCGGACUAGAAGCCAGGCUACAAGCAAGACAUGGUGACAACACCAUGAAGUGGGACAAAGAAUGCGAGCACCGGGUGGCAGCCAAGCAGCUGGAGAUGGAAAAUAAACUCUGGGUCAAAGAUGAGAAACUGAAACAACUGAAGGCUAUUGUUACUGAACCCAGAGCCGAAAAGCCAGAGAGACCCUCCCAGGAGUGGGACCGGGAAAAAGUCACUCAAAGAGUCGUCUCUCUGUCACCGGUAUCUCUUUCUAGUAACUAUACUGCUCAGCUUCCCACCGGCCAGCAGCUGCUGAACCAGCCACAGCUACAUAGACACUCUAAUUCUUGCAGCAGCAUUUCUGUAGCCUCCUGUAUUUCGGAAUGGGAACAGAAAAUUCCUCCGUAUAACACACCUGUCCAUGUCACCGCUAUUGCAAGGCGUAGGCAGCAGGAGCCAGGACAAAGUAAAACUUGUGUCAGAAGGCAAGGGAUGUACUGGACGGAAGGCAGGGAGGUGGUUCCCACAUUCAGAAAUGAGAUAGAGCUAGAAGAGGACCACUGCUGUAGGGUCAGUGCCAGCAUUCUCCUAAACCCUGGUGGCCAUAGCGAAUUGCGGGUUUGCUGGUGGGGGGCGCUGUUUGUGACUUGAUUCAUUCAGAAAGUUCAAUGGGUGAAAGAUGGGUGAGCUCCAGAUAAACAAGGGCUAAUUUUUCUGUUAUUUACUUUGACAAAUCACCCUAAGAUUGAGGCCUAGCUCUUCAUCUGAAAAAGCCGUAACACCUGGCCAAUGCGUGCCCCAGAGUAAUCUGGGCUUUCAUUUGCAUAAGCUAAUAAGCAGCCACAAAAUCAGCGAACAGUGUCUCAGAGCACGUUUUCCAUUUUUUUGUUUUCCUUCCUGUUUUUUUGCUGCUUCUGAACUUUUAUUUUUUAAAUUGUUUUCUCAAACUUAUUUUGAAUAGUUUCAAAUUCAAAAGUUGAAAGAAUGGUACAAUAUCCUUCUUUCCCCUUACCUGGAUUUACCAGUUGUCAUAUACCAUUUUUUCCUUGAACUUCUGAAAGGAAGUCCCUAUACUUUGUGACUUUUAGUCCUAUUAAGGACACUGUCCUAUAUAAACAGUCUUUAUCAAACCUAAGAAAGUUAACAUUAAUUGAAAAUAGCCUCUAUUUUUAAUCUAUGAUCCUAACAAAGUGAAUGUGGUUAUUCACAACGUGCAUGUGGUUAUUAUGUCUUCAAUCUCUUUUAAUAUAAAAUAGUCCCCUGCCACACCCUUUUUGAUUUUCAUGACAUUGACUGUUUUGCAAUAGUCCAGGCCUAUUUUGUAACUACUGAAGGUUUGCAUGUCUAGUAAAUUGCUUUUAAUCUCAAGACCUUUAUCUCCAUUUAUAAGGGCUUGGCCUCAGUCAAUGGUGUUUAAAGAAAUUCAUGUUUAAAUUUUCUUCUUAAGGAUUAAGGUAAAGUUUUUUCCUUUGAUUCUGAAUAAAUGGACCAAGUUAAUGUGGAUUUAUAUUUAGUAAAAUCUUACUAUAGCUAUUUUAGAAUUUGUCUUUUAACAAAUUAAUAGUAUUUUGCUUUAAAUUUUCUUGUAUAAUUUAGGGUACAGAUAAGUUUCAUUUAGAUGGCCCGUACUUCUUAUUAAGGGAUUGUGAUGAAUUGCAAGGUAUUUACCAAGAAAACAGAUGACUCUAAAGACUAAGUUCUUUACAAAUUUUGCUUGAAACCUUUUUAGGGAGCAAAUUUUGGUGACUGAUCUUUCUGAUCAACUCUAAUAAAUUACCUUUAUUUUUUAUGAAACUUUAGAGAGUGAACACUAUUCAAGGCUUGCUUAUGCUUGGUUAAUUCUGCUCUCAGAUAUUUAAGAUUUACUAGAGAUCCUUUAACUUCUCACUUGAAAUCAAAUCUCUUUAGAAGUGCAGCAAAGUUUAGACUAGCAUCUGUGUAUCCAGGUUUGUUGGCCAAAAGUUAUGUUAGGUGGGCUGAAUUUAUACUUCAGUGAAGAAGAUGAAAAUAUCUGAUUCGGUGAAUAGCAGAUUGUAGUAAUUAUCUUUCUGAAGCCAGUUUCAUAAUGUACUUAUUGCUAAAUGUGUUCAGGAAAACUAUCACCUUUGCUAAACGGUAGGUCACAAGAGCCUGACUUUGUUCAACAUCAGGUCACUUUUUAAGAAGGGAAAAUUUCCUGGGUUGCUGGCAGUGUGGGCAUCUUUCAUGGCCAACUCUAUCGCCCACGUUCUAUAGUAGCAAUGACUUAGCACCAGCAGCUGUUGCUUGUGAUUACAUAGGGGAAAUGCUUCAGUUCUCCAGACAGACUUCUUAAAGUUAGGAUCUUUGUCCGUGACCAGGCUGGGAGGAUUUGGCAUGUGACAGACUUUAAUUUGCUUUCAGUUAAUACAAACAGGAGACAUCUCAACCAGUGAGUUGUCUUUGGAACUAUGUCCUGUAUGUGAAAUGCAUUUCCUUAGACUGAACGUGCUAAAUUUAACUUUCCCGGAUUUACAUGAUAAAGUUGACUGGAAGCAACAAGUUUUUAACUGUAUGAUUGAUACAGACUGAUUUGAUACAACAUUUGGUUUGGUUCUUGGAAUCUUUAUGAAAUAUUUGAGAAAAAAAUAGUUGGUAUGUUUUAGCCAUUAUUGUGUUUGAACUUGUCAAGAAGUUCUACUUGAGAUUUUAAGAUCUCAAAAUAGUCAGAAGUACUUCAUUUAUAGUCAGUCUCUUAAUCAUUUUAUACAUAGGGUUCUUAUUAUAUCUUAUGUUCUUUAGCAUUAUGUACCAUAAAGUCCAUUAGUUUUUACUUAUUUAUUGUCUUUGUAUACGGAGUGUUAUGUGCAAGUUUUAGAGCUUUUACUGACCUCAUUUGAAGUUUUUAACAUAGUUGUGGACCUAACAGAUUACCUUACAAUAGGAGGCACAAAUAAUGGUUUUGAUAGAGAAAGUAAGAUGAAUGGUCUUAAAUACCACCUACACAGGAAAGCCUAGCAGCAUAGCCAGAAUUUUUUCAUACAUUGUUUUGUUUUAAGGAGAGCUCCUUGGUAGAAUGUAUACUGAACAAGCAGUAUUAAAAGAUGUUGGUUGGUUGUGUGGUUAAAUACAAAGAGAACAUUUAAAUUAUCGGAAUAACAUAUUUAGCUUUUGAAAAGGUUUAUGCAUUUGUUUUGAUACUGUCAUCAACUAAUGUAGCCAAACCUGCUGCACUUCUAAUAAUACCCUUAAA